CAGUCGGCGGGGCCUGCGCCGAGCCCAUGGCGGCGGCGGCGGCCCUGUCGGGCCUGGCGGUGCUCCUGUCGCGCUGGGCCGCGGCCCGCGGCUCGUACGGCGCCUUCUGCAAGGGGCUCACGCGCACGCUGCUCACCUUCUUCGACCUGGCCUGGCGGCUGCGCAUGAACUUCCCCUACUUCUACGUCGUGGCCUCGGUGAUGUUCAACGUCCGCCUGCAGGUGCGGAUCGAGUGAGCGCCCGCGGCGGCCGCCCGGCCGGAGGGUCACCCGCCCACCCGCCAGCCCGGCCCGACGCGGGAAUGAUGGACGGCGGGGCCGCCGGGGCGCGGCGGGGGGCGGAGGCGGGGCGGCCCGGGCCCCUGGACUCUAGACCUCCGCGGCAGGGGGACGGCCACCGAGCCCCGGCCCCCGACCGCACAGACACUCACUAAACGGGGCCUUUCCAUCGGGCUCCACAAAAUUACUUUGGUCCGGCCGGCCUGUUGCCUCACACUGGCCAGAGAGGGCGGGGGACCAGAAUGAAGGAAUUCCGCUGCAGCGACUUGAUUUUCCAUCCUCUGAGCAGAAAGGCUCGGUUGCUCAUCCCCAGGAUCACAGGAGACAAUCAUAUCUGGAUAGGCUUGGAUUGGUCCUGGAGGCCAUAUGGGUGCUGCUAACUGGUGUACCAGUGGCCAGGAGAGGGCCUGGCCCUAAGCACCCGUCCCUGUCCCACAUCUCCUCUGGCACUGGGAGCUUGAGGCCCACAACUGAAAACUGCAGCAGUCUGGCCAUCUGCCCUCACCUGCCCACUGCAACUGGGUCCCAAAUGAAGAUCUCUACCUGUCCCACCCAAGACAGAGGCUGGACGGUGGCUGCCACGUGUCCCCUGCGAUUGCCAACAGCCAGGGCCUGAUGGCUUGCUUCCUCAUGCCAAGUCUGAUGGGAAUCCCAAUCCUGCUGGCCCCCCUCAUCCACCCCAGCCCUGUCCAUCCAGGACCACCUCUGGGAGCCUGUCGGCCUGCUGACCCCAUCCACAGAUCUCCAGGGGCAGCCUCUGAGGGACAAGAGUGACACAGGGCUGGAGGAAAGAAGAGGAGGAGUCAGGGGCCUCCUUGAGUCUGAUACACAACUGAGCCCCUUUCGAAACCUAGUCUCACCCUGUUGGUGACUGGCUCCCCAGCUCCAGCCUCUUCCUGGUCCAGCCAGGAAGGAAGGAGGAAGUCUCUUCACUGCGAGUGCAUGUGCGAGCACAAGCACACGUGUGGAGCAGGCGGAGCUGCUCUGGGUGCCAAGCCCUCCCUGUACCUGGGCCUGGGGCCUAAGAAGCUGCUUCCCUACAGGGAGAAAUGUGUGUCCAGCCUCAGUGGCCCCUGCCCUCAGAGGUCCCCCACUGCAGGGAAGCCCCACCCCUGUCCGGAGGGGCACCUGGCAAGCCUGUGGCUGUGGCUAUCUUGGCCCAAAGGGACCGGCCAGAGGAAAGGCAGUGAUGAGUCCUGAGCAUCGUGUCCCUGCCGCUGCUUUUCUUAGGGGUUCUGCCUUGAGUAUUAGCCGCUUCUGCUUUCCACCUCCCCUUCCUGCCACUUUCUCUCCCCCACAGGGCCCUUGCUGCCUGCUGGGGUCUCCAUGCACUUUAUUUAUUUGCAGUCUGUUUUCCAGGCGGUGGAGCUUCUGCAAAUUCAGACACUGACCUGAAUGACGUUUACUGUUCUGUGUGUGAUUAACUCUGUACUGGUCAGCACUAUCUGGUCACAGAAAUGUUGUUUCUGGUGUUGUCACAUCUUGUUGUAUCUCUAAGUUACAAAUAAAGUGCUUGGGUUCCAUGCACUACA